AGCUGUCAGUUAGCCUACGCUGUAAACAGCCCAACCGCCCCGCUAGGAUGCUCGCUCGGUUCUCUCCGGCUUUACUCCCCAUUUACCCGGGUUAAACCUACACACAGCUAGUCGCUCCAGUCCCAGAACAACAGCCGAACCGAACCGACCCGAGCUAACCGUCCGAGUCCGGCAUGAAUGAGACGGAGGGGCUCCGGUUCCGGCGCGUGCACCGACCGCAGGUCAUCACCGACGAGCUGCCAGAGAACCGUUCAAAAGGAUCCGGGACGUACAGCGGGAAGGUUUUCAAGGUGACGCUCAUCUCUCUGGGCUGCUUCCUGCUUCUUCCUCUCCUGGUCAUCAUCCUCAUCAUCGAGUCUCCCAUCCACCCAGAGGUGUUCAGUCUGAAGGAGCCCCCCCUGAUGAAGGGCUGCUGGGAGCCCAACCUCAAGCUGAGAGACGCUCAGAGACUGUUUGAGGACCAGAUCACCGGACCAGAGUCCAUCGCCAACAUCGGAGAUGUUCUGUACGCUGGAACAGCUGACGGGAAGAUUGUGAAGCUGGUCGGUCGGAGAAUCAUCACAGUGGCGAGACUCGGGAAGCUUCCCUGUGGUGAGAAACUCUCUCACACACACACACACACACACACACACACACACACACACACAGUGUGGGAUGUUGGGAUCUCUGUGGUCGAUCCUUUUGGAGCUCCAUGCCUCAUGCCCUCCGUGUUCCGUCUUGGUUCCAUCUUUCCACUGUCCACUGUGGCUCCACAUUGCUCACCUCUGCCUCUCCUAGUACUCACCUCUGCCUCCUGGUGCUCCACCUCUACCUCUCCUAGUGCUCUACCUCUGCCUCUCCUGCUAACAGUUGUUGUUGUUGUUGUGUGUUGUCAGCAUGUGUGUGUACUAACAGUUGUUGUUGUUGUUGUGUGUUGUCAGCAUGUGUGUGUACUAACAGUUGUUGUUGUUGUUGUUGUCAGAGUGCUGGAGUACGACACCGAGACCCGAGAGCUGACCGUGCUGAUGGAGAACCUCCGUUUCCCAAACGGCAUCCAGCUGCUUCCUGACGAGGAGUCGGUCCUGGUGGCCGAGACCACCAUGGCCCGGAUACGCAGGGUCCACGUUGCCGGUCUGAACAAAGGCGGGAUGGACACGUUCAUCGACAACCUGCCCGGUUUCCCCGACAACAUCCGGCCGAGCUCCAGCGGAGGCUACUGGGUGGCCAUGUCGGCCGUGAGGCCCAACCCCGGCUUCUCCAUGCUGGACUUCCUCUCCCAGAGACCCUGGAUCAAGAAGUUCAUCUUCAAGGUACAAAGAGACACAGAGAGAGACUCACAGAGACAG